GCACUUUGUGUUUGCAUGCAUCUCAGUUGUACUCCUGCACAAUGGUUCCGAGCUGAGUGCAGAGCGCCCGGCUGCACCUGGGAGGAGUUUCCAACAGCCUGCUGCCUCAUUUGUCUUCACCAGCUGCAGGUUUUUGCACGAUCCGCAGAGCGAAAGACAGCCAGGACCGCUCAAGUGAAAGUCACGUCUGUGAGGUGCGAGGAGCCAGCUGCAGCGCUGUUAUUGUACAAAAUGACAAACACGUAUAGAGAUGUCGGUGUAGCUGGCCAACAAGAUGAGGAGGACUUUGUGGAUAUUUUGGAGGAGAGGAGGCUCUCUAGUGAUCUCGGCUUUGCCCUCAGGACCUUUAGUCCUCAGCUGCAUAAAGGAUCUCCACCCUGCUCCAGUGCUGAGCUUCACCGAGCCGUGCUGGAGUCCCAAUACCUGCGCUACGUCACCAAAGAGGUUGCCAUGGAGACGGGGUCAUGUGAGCAGGAGGUGAGAGAAGAAGUUUGUGGGAUUUUGGGGGAAAUGUCUCAGAAUCUACAGCUGCGGUUUAUCAGGCUGAUGGCCUACAUGAUGACCAAAGUGUUCAAGACGGUAUUCAGCGCCAUUUUUGUCAACGUGGAGGGACUUAACAUGCUCCAACAAGCCACUCAGGAGAAUCCGGUGAUCCUGAUGCCCAAUCACCGCAGUUACAUCGACUUCUUGGUGAUUUCUUACAUCAUGUUCAGCUACGACAUCCCUGUACCAGUAAUUGCUGCAGGAAUUCGCAAGUAUCUAUUUGACUUUGAGGAAACAUCAUCAGAACGACCAAAACCAUCUCAACAAAGGUGCAGACUCUCACUUCCAUCUGCCUUUUGUCUCGGUUUCCACAUUAAAGCUCUUGCAGGGAUGAAGAUUGUAGGAGAGAUACUACGCCGCUCUGGGGCGUUCUUUAUCCGACGUGCCAUUGGUUCUGAUAGACUCUACUGGGCCGUGCUGUCAGAAUACGUUCGGACUGUCGUCAGAAAAGGAUUUGCUCCGUUGGAAUUUUUUGUGGAAGGACUCAGAAGUAGGACGCUGAAGUCCAUCUCACCUAAGUUAGGUAUGAUGCACAUGGUGCUGGAGCCUUUCCUAAAAGGCGAGGUGUAUGACAUCACAUUGGUGCCCAUCAGCAUCAGCUACGACCGGGUGCUUGAGGAGUCGCUGCUCGCACACGAGUUACUGGGUGUCCCUAAGCCCAGAGAAAGCACCAUGGGUUUGCUGAAGGCCAGCAGCGUUCUGCAGGAGAAUUACGGCAGCAUGCAUGUGAACUUUGGCCGUCCCUUGUCUGUCCGACAGCUGUGUGAGGGCAAGAUAAAUCGCUGUCAGUACAACCUAACACCCAGGGAUCUUCCGCAGAAGCCCAGUGCUGACGUCCAGGCCUGCGUGAGCUGGAUGGCUCAUCUGAUGGUCCGGAUCCAGGAGGAGGGCUCUCGGAUCAGCCCCUGGUCUCUGAUGGCCUGCCUGCUGCUCCAGACUCCUGCAACAGUUCUAACAGAACAGGGUCUGCUGUGGCAUCGACUCACAGAGAAAACGCUUUGGCUCAGAAGGUUAGCUCUGGACUUUGGAGCUCAUCUGAACUGGCCUGAACAAAUCCCAGAUUCAGACGUUCUGUUGUCCACCUUGGCUCUCCAUCGGACCGUUGUGCAUCAGAAGGCGGGGCGUGUCUUCUUGGUUUGGGGGGGCGAGCCUGAGGGGAGACACCCCGUCAGCCCAGAGGAGGGCGUGAUGAGGACGGCUGCUGCAGCCCUGAUGCUGGUGUCGUAUCGUAAUCAGUCUCUGCACGUGUUUGUGCGUCCAGCUUUGCUCGCCACGGCCAUGAGCGUCACAAAAAGCACUGAGAGAGACGAUCUCCUCGCCUACUUCUGCUUCCUACAGGAUGUUUUCUCUAAUGAAUUCAUCUUCAUUCCUGGAAGAUCAUCUCAGGACUUUGAGGAGGCGGGCUAUCUCCUAAAGAAAUGUAAAGCGGUCCAUAUCAGCCAACAGGAAGUGACUGUUUCAGACUCUGGCCUGGAGGUGUUAUCGUUCCUUCAGGAGCUGCUCAAGCCGUUCAUAAACUCUUAUCAGCUGAUGUUCAGGUAUCUCUGUGAGGAUGCAGAUCAGAUUUUCACGGAGAAGCAGUUCCUGCACGCUGUGCGAACCCUGGCUACAAACGCUGUUCUGUCAGGUGAACUCGACACCUAUGAGGUCCUUUCAUCGAACGUUCAGAAAAACGUUUUGUCCGCGCUGCAGAGGCUGCGGAUGGCGACGAAGGUGAAGCGAUCAGAGAACGAGGAGUACAAAGUGGACAGAGCCGCUGUGGGACGAGCUGGAGACGUCCUCUCUGGAAAAGUUCCACCCCAGGUCCUUCGGGCGACGCCUGCAGCCAGACUUUAGUCUCCGUCGGAGCAGAUCCACGUCAGUGCUUCCUCUUCACCACAUUUCCAUCCUCUUUUCUGCCGAGGCUAAACUCUCAAGAGAGAAAGACCACGUUGAAAUUAUCACGCAAAAGUUUCCGUUUAAUAUUCUAACGAGCGCCGGAGACCCAGAAAAACCCAAGUAGAUAAAAGCUGCAACAAACAGGGAAGAGUUAAAUAAUUAAUAAAUCUGAUGAUUUCAUAACAAAAUGAUUAUUUGAUCAGUUUCCUCACAGCUGAGGUACGACACCUAUAACAGGUAGUACUAAAUCAUUGUUAAAUACAAUUUUAAUGAUAAGAAAGUACGAUAAAACAUAAUUAUUGUAAUUAUCUGACACAAGAAAAUGUGGAAAUAAACUCCUAAUCAUGUUUUUCAUAUAUUUGAGAUGAUUUUAUUAUAUUUACACACGUUUACGACUAGAAU